CUCCGAGAGCCGAGCAGCCGAGACCCGGAAGUGCGGGCUCACGUGCUGCUGCUGCUGCAGGCUGGGAGGCUUUUAGGUGAAGGAUGGCCCUGGAAGGGAAGAACAAACGGGAGAAAAAGCAGAGUGCUCAGGAGAGAGAGAACCCGGACGGUGGCGCUUGUGGGAAUCUGGAAGGAGACUAUGAGGUUGGACAAGUCGCCAAUAGUUUAUUCCGCGGCAAGCAACCCUCCAGGGGCAGUACGGGUCGGCUGGCUUCCCUCUUCGGCUCUGUGAAGCCUCAGCUUCAACCCGUGUACGUGCCUGUGCCUAAAGAAGCCGUCAAAAAAAGGAAACGAGAUGAGGAGGAAGAAAGUUCACCCCAAAUCCAAAGGCCACUUUUGCAAGAACCUGCCAAAAAAAUGAAAGUGAAGAAGAAACUUUCUGAUGCAGAGAAGAAGUUGGCAAACAGAGAAGAUGCUUUAGCAAGCGCUGAUUUAGAAGAAGAAAUUCACCAGAAACAAGGACAGAAAAGGAAAAAUUCUCAACCUGGUGUUACAGUCGCAGAUAAAAAAGUACUUGAUGAUGUAGAUGAGACCGUUGUAAAUCGAAGAAAGAAAAUUCAGAUCAACCAAGAAGAAGAGAGAUUAAAGAAUGAGAGAACUGUGUUUGUUGGGAAUCUGCCUGUCACCUGUAAUAAGAAGAAGCUGAAGUCAUUUUUUAAAGAGUAUGGGCAGAUAGAAUCUGUACGAUUUCGUUCUCUGAUUCCAGCAGAGGGAACUUUGUCCAAAAAGUUGGCGGCAAUAAAUCGUGUCCGACUCUUGGCGAUCCCAUGGACUGCAGCCCGCCAGCCUCCUCUGUCCACGGGAUUCUCCAGGCGUAAAAUUCAUCCCGAUCAGAAAAAUAUUAAUGCUUAUGUUGUGUUUAAGGAUGAGAGUGCUGCUACAAAAGCACUGGAAAGAAAUGGGGCCCAGUUUGCAGAAGGAUUUCGUGUUAGAGUGGAUCUUGCAACCGAGACCUCCUCCAGGGACAAGAGGUCCGUAUUUGUGGGGAAUCUCCCAUACAAAGUUGAAGAAUCUGCAGUUGAGAAGCACUUUUUGGCCUGUGGGAACGUUGUGGCUGUGAGGAUUGUGCGGGAUCAAGUUACUGGAGUCGGCAGAGGCUUUGGCUACGUGCUCUUUGAGAAUACAGAUGCUGUUCAUCUUGCUCUGAAAUUAAAUAAUUCUGAAUUGAUGGGAAGAAAACUUAGAGUCAUGCCUUCUGUCCAUAAAGAAAAGUUAAAACAAAAUUCAAGUCCUAGUUUGAAGAAUGUCAGUAAACCUAAGCGGGGACUUAACUGUGCUUCAAAAAGUGCACAAAAUUCUAAAGGUUUGUUUAUUGGAGAAAAAGCUGUUCUCAUGAAGAAGAAGAAAAAAGGACAGAAGAAAAGUAGACACACUAAGACACAGAAAAAGCAGAAGUAACAACCCGAAGCUUUUUUUUUUCCUUCACUAACUACUGGUAAUAAAAUUGUGAUAAAUCCA